AUGCCCGGGAUGGUGGACGUGCACAACAAGCGCUGUGAAGCGGAAGACUGCCAGAAACAUCCCACUUACGGCAUCGCGAACGGGCGGGCCAGGUUUUGCACCAAGCACAAGGGUCCGGACAUGGUCGAUGUCCACUGUCGGCCGUGCGAGUUCCUGGGGUGCAGCAAGCACCCACACUACGCCUUCGAGGGGGACAAGGCCAGGUUCUGCGCCUCCCACAAGGAGCCCGGAAUGGUCGACGUGAAGCACAAGCGCUGCCACAAGACCGGGUGCAGGGAAAUGCGAGUGUACGAAACUCCCGAGAAGAAGAGCCGGUUCUGUGCGAUGCACCUGGAGCAGUGGCUCACGUCGAAGACCAUACGCCGGACAGCGAAUCACGAGCCGGGGUCGGAAUCGGCUCCGGGGAGGACAUCGGCGAAGAAACGGCAGAAAAAUUCCCGCGGCGCCAAGGGCGGCUCGAAGGCAUCCGGAAACGGCAGGAGGAGCUCGGACAGAGCGGUGGCGGCGGCAACGGCAACGGCAACGGCGGCGGCGGCGGCGGCGCAUAGCCAGGCCUCCGCUUUCCAGCAGCCGGACUUGCUGGACUGGUCGCCGGGGGGAGAGGACGACGCAUCAUCUGCAUCGAGGGGCGGAGUCAAGCGGAAGUUGUCGAAGGCGGUGGGUGGUGAGGUGCGCCCGGGUCCCUCUAGUAGGGGGGCCCGUGCAUCAGGCAACGGCGGGGGGGUGUCCCUUUUGUCCGCGGACGGAGGCGCAGGAGGAGGAGAGACCGCGGUGGAUUGCGUCAGGCGAAGAGGCGCACAGGGGUCCGGUGGUGGAGGCGACGCAGAGGAGGCAGUAGCGUCCGGCAGCGGCGGCGGCGGCGGCGGGCACGGCGCCUCCUCUCCAGAGGGGAGGGGAAGGGCCGGGGGAAGGGGCCGCCGGCCGGCUGCUCGCGGUGACAACGCGGAUGAAAACGGUGCCUUCUUUGCGGCAGCUUCGGAUGCGGCCGCCGCCGCAUUUGGCGGCAGGGGCGAGAUCAAGCCCAAGCUGGAACCCAGGAUGUACGACGACCGCGUUGGGGGAGGGCCCGAAGGCGGCGGCGGCGGCGGCGGCGGCGGCGAUACGUUGUCGCAUCUCGGCGGAGCAACUGCGGCGGAGACCUUCAUGGGGGAGAGGAGCGGCGUGGAGCAGCUGCAGCGGGUGGGCGACGGCGGAGGCGGCGGCGGCGGCAGAAGACGAGGACGCGGCGACCGUCUCUACGAGGGCGGCGGGUCGUUUAGGCGGGGCGGGGACGGAGGCAUGCCGGACGGAGCGGCGGCGGGCCAUGGCCCUCCUCAAGGCUCGGGGGCAGACGUGGACAUGGGGGUCGGAGCUUCGUUCCUGAACCUCUCUCCGCCCUCGGAGAAGUCGACCAUGCACCGGGGGCACCGCAGACUGGCCUCGUUCGACCCAAACACGGACUGCUUCUCGCACUUCAACUACUUGGUAGGGGGCGGCAGCGACGGCGGUGGCGCGCUGGCGGAGGCUAGCCGAAGGGGGCUGUUCUUCCAGCCCGUUGGAGCUGCCGAAGGUCAGGGGUACACCCUGCCGCCCCGGGGGGGGGGCAGCGUCAGCAGCCUGGGAAGCUUCGGGGGGAGCUUCGGCAGCUUCGGAGGUGGCGGAGGGCGACGCCAUCACCGCGGCAUGAGCAGCGGGUCCGUGGACCUAAAUGUCUUGGCACCGGUUCUGGCCGAGCUCCGCGCGAGCGGCGGGGGUUGUGUGAUGGAAAGAUAA